ACACACACACACACACUCACACUCACACACACAGAGUCUGAGCCAGAAAGCUCAAGCUGUCAGAAGAUCAGCCAGAGCCCGUCACUUCACUUAUGAGCGCCGGUCACACUACAAAUACUGCUUCUGCUGCGCGGGAGGAGGCGUGCUGGUCUGCAAACCCCGCUUUAAAACAAGGAAAAUGUCAGUGAACCCGAAAUUUGUGAGUCCUUUCCACAGACCGCACUGUUUGUCAGCCGCUGCGCCCGCCGGACAAGCCAAACUCACACACCCUGGAAAGGCCAUCUUAGCUGGUGGGCUUGCUGGAGGCAUUGAAAUCUGCAUCACGUUUCCUACAGAGUAUGUGAAAACUCAGCUACAGUUAGAUGAGAAGGCAAACCCGCCUCGCUACAAAGGCAUCGGUGACUGUGUGAAGCAGACGGUGCGUGAUCAUGGCGUGAAGGGUCUGUACCGCGGUCUGAGCUCUCUGGUCUAUGGCUCCAUUCCCAAAGCCGCGGUGAGGUUUGGGAUGUUUGAAUUCCUCAGUAAUAAGAUGAGGGAUGAGUCUGGGAAGCUGGACAGCACGCGGGGGUUGAUCUGCGGUCUGGGCGCAGGAGUGGCCGAGGCUGUAGUCGUGGUGUGUCCUAUGGAGACUGUAAAGGUCAAAUUCAUCCAUGAUCAGACCUCAGCGAACCCAAAGUACCGAGGAUUUUUCCAUGGUGUGAGAGAAAUAGUCAGAACACAAGGACUCAAAGGAACAUAUCAGGGACUGACCGCAACAGUACUGAAGCAGGGCUCAAACCAGGCCAUCCGAUUCUACGUAAUGACCGCUCUCAGAAACUGGUAUAAAGGUGAUAACCCCAAUAAGACUAUUAACCCCCUCGUGACCGGAGUGUUUGGAGCCGUUGCUGGAGCCGCAAGCGUGUUUGGAAAUACUCCAUUGGAUGUGAUCAAAACGAGAAUGCAGGGAUUGGAAGCUCACAAAUAUAAGAGCACAGUUGACUGCGCCAUCAAAAUCAUGAAAUACGAGGGACCGGCUGCAUUCUACAAAGGCACCGUGCCCAGGUUAGGUCGGGUCUGUAUGGACGUGGCUAUAGUGUUCAUAAUCUACGAGGAAGUGGUUAAAGUUCUCAACAAGGUGUGGAAGACGGAUUAAUGGAGGCGUGACGCUGAUGGGCGGAGCCUGGCCUUCAUGACAUCAUAUUACAGCAGU